AACAACGAGUUCGUUUGUGUUGAGAGGGGGUGCGCGUAGCUCCAUAGACGCACGUUUUUAAUUUUCCUUCCCUAAUUAUUUGGUUUUUUGAAUUUUAUUUUCUAUUAUAAUAGUUAUAUCCUUAAAAAAAAGUAAUAACUUGAAAGAAAUUCUCAAUAAAAGUUGUUAUUCAAAUAAUUCGCAGUGAAAUUAAAAUAAAUCCUUGUAUAUUUAUUGAUCAAAAAAAGAAAUCACGAACCACGUUCUUAGAAUUUUGCAUCCAUAAAAUACUUGAAAAAAAAAUAAAUAUAUUUAAAAAAGAGGUUUUUCAAACCAGACCAAUAAAAAAAAAAUGAAUAAUUCAAAUUUUCAUAAUAAUAAUUCAGAGAGCAUUUUUGAUCUUGAAGAUUCCAUUUACUUUCAUCAUGAACAUUUAACUGGAAUAAAACAAAUAAGAAAACAUGGCAUGCCUCCUCCUCCACCUAGGACUGCAUCGCUUUAUGGGCUAUCAAGCUAUUAUAAACUUGAUAGGAUUAAUGAAUCUUAUCAGUAUAGCAAUAAACAUAUUACCAAUAAUAAUAACGACAAUAUCACUACAUCUCACAACUUACCAAAAAAUAGCAACAAUCUUGUUGAUCACCAGCACUGCAACAACUUUUAUUCCAAUUACAAUAAUCACAUUCACCAUCAACAACAUAAAGAACAUCCACGAAGAGAACAAACGCUACACCAUCGAAGACGCCCUUUAGCACCAACAAGAGAAUCCAAGUUUAAGAUGUCUGUCUUAACAAAAGACUCGAAUAUUGUUACGCAAUUUGACGAUGAAAUCGACGAUAAUUUAUCAGCUGUACUACGCGAAAAAAUGCCCAACAAUGACAUUCUUUACAAUGAAGAAAAAUGGCUAUGUGGCGACUAUAAUCCUGAAGUGUAUCCUGAAAUGUUCAAAGCUCACCAAACGCCAGCCUAUCGAUUAUUAGAUAAUCAAAAGGACAACAAGUUUGCUGAGCGAACUAAUUCAAAACGAAAAUUUCGUACUCGCAGCGAAUCUGAUCCGAAUGAGAUUUGCGGCGAGGGUGCCUGGUCGAACCAGCAGGAGACUCUAUCUGUGAUAGAUGACGGUGGAAAGUGUGAUUUAGCAACUAAAUUAAAAAGCGUCGAUGAACGCCGCAUCAUUAAACUUCCUGCCACGCCCAAAAGGCAUUCUCCAGCACGCGUCCUACUCUACAAUAAUACUCCGAGCCCGAGAUCACCACGACAUGUUUUCAAUAGCAAUUUAAAUGCUCGUCGUUCCUCACCGGUUAAUCGGCGAAGAGGAUCUUCACUCACUCGCCUGCACGAGUAUCGCCGAAGUAGGACAAAAUCUCCGCAACUAUCGCGUAUAACGACAAGCGAUGAUUCAGCUGCUGAAUAUGAAGUCUACUCUCGCAAGUCGAAAUCUGUUGAUCCGACUCCAACUCAUGGGAGAAUACGGCCGCCAAGCUGUGCGCAUCAUGCUUCUCCAGAAAAGUUUAAAGUUUUUUCUCCAAACAAUAGGAAGCGCUUAGAAUACCGUCGUAGCAGCUGUAGUAGCGUCGAAGAUGAUCUUGAUGUCUCCGAUCGGGAGAAAAAUGCUCAGGAUGAUAGCUUUGAGUCGGAUAGCUCAUCUUCAUCAGAUUCCGAUGAAGACGGGUACAGAUCGCAUGCGUACAAAAAUAGUAAUAAUGGCGAUAAGUUCACUUCACCUUUGUGUUCCGUUUUUAAGCCCGUAACUAAUUUAUCAGCGGAAUCUUCUGAGGAAAAUUUAGUUAAUCCAAAAUCUCUGCUAGUACCUAGUCUUUUUCCAAACGUUCCACCAUACUUAGCAUUUUCAUCGAAUACUGAAAAAGGUCCUGAAGUUCCACCAGAAUUAUUUAAAAUUCUAAAAUGGAAGGUAACGAAUGUGAUGCCAAAAUUGGUCCGAAAUGUCCUUUCAAAUACAGGUGUUAGAUUAUUAAAGAAGACAAACGACUGGAUGGGAACUUGGGGAAAACAUAUGAAGAGUCCAUGUUUUAAAACAAUUCGUCCAUACCAGAAAAUUAAUCAUUUGCCAGGAUCAUUUAAAAUUGGUCGCAAAGAUUCAUGUUGGAAAAACUUGCAAAAACAAAUGAUUAAAUACGGAAAAAAGGAAUUCGGUUUUAUGCCUAAAACCUACGUUAUUCCAGCUGACUUAAAUUUACUACGUAAAUCCUGGCCAAAAUACGCACAACGUAAUGUUAAAUGGAUAAUCAAACCUCCGGCAAGUGCCAGAGGAACGGGAAUCAGGGUAGUUAAUCGUUGGGCACAAAUACCCAAACGAAAACCAUUAAUUGUUCAAAGAUAUAUCGAACGUCCACUUUUAAUUAAUGGAAGUAAAUUUGAUCUUAGAUUAUAUGUGUUAGUUACAUCAAUUAAUCCACUACGAGUUUAUAUGUAUCACAACGGAUUGGCGAGAUUUGCUUCUGUGAAAUACAGUGCAAAAGCAGACACUUUAAACGAACGAUGCAUGCAUUUAACCAAUUACAGCAUCAAUAAGCUUUCUUCAAAUUAUUCUAAGAACGAGGACGUAAAUGCUUGUCAUGGUCAUAAGUGGACAAUAAAAUCGCUAUGGGCAUACUUAUCAAAUAGAGGAAUACGAACUGAUCGUUUAUGGGAUGCAUUAAGAAAUCUUGUCAUGCGAACAAUUCUUGCAGGAGAGCAUUCUAUCAACACUAUGAUCAAACUUAACGUCGAAAGCAAAUACAGUUGUUUUGAAUUGUUUGGCUUCGAUGUACUUCUAGAUGCUGAAUUAGUCCCUUGGUUGUUGGAAGUCAAUAUUUCUCCAUCAUUGCAUUCAGAAUUGCCAUUGGACGCUCAUGUAAAAGCGCCUUUGGUUCAAGGAGUCUUAAAUACUGCCUUAUAUAAUAUCCCUCCUAAAUUAUCACCAGAAAAACAAAAAGAAGUUGCAAGCAAACUAGGAGUGCGCUCAGGUCCUCUGUGUUUUGAUAAACGAAUGUAUGUGAAUUAUUUGUCAAGGACAGAAAGGCUGAAACAUAAUCAAUACACAAGGAAAUCAUUAGAAGAUCGAGAUGAUUACAUCACGGCGAUUCUUGAAAACCUUACACCUGAUGACAUUCGAUGUCUCGUCGUGUCCGAAGAUGAACUUGCUCGCUGUGCUCCUUUAGAACGAAUUUUCCCCACAAACAAUACGCACAAAUACCUUAAAUAUACGGAAGUUCCACGCUACUAUAACCGUCUUUUAGAUGCCUGGGAAACUCGUUAUUCGAAAAAUCGUCAAGAAGGCAUUAAACUCCUACAAGAGUACUGUGAACAAAAGUACCACUUGGAAGUUCCGCCCUCGCCAGCUCGCAAAGACUCGAACGCUAAUACCGACAACUCGGUCGACACUGGCCUUGACGACAGCAGUAAAGUCUAUCAAGCGAAGGAAUAGAAGGCACAUACUGAAUUCAUAUCAUCAAAUGAAGCAGCUACAGCGUCAAGCAGAAGAUAAUUACUCGGACACGGAAACGGAGGAGGAGCUUUAAGCUUUAGUGGAUGUCAUUUUUAUGCAAUGUUGUUAAUAUACAGAAAACAUGUUUUUUUUCGAAAUGACAAAUUAAAUUUAACAAAAAGUUUGGACGGUUUAUAUUUAUAUAUCAAGACUGAUUCGUCGUAAUUUUGUUGAGAUUCAGCAAACCUCCAUUAGUUAACUUUUUUUUUUCUUAGAAAAAUAUAUCGUAGGCUCUUGUACAUAGUUAUCGAUAAAUAGCAGAAAACACAGUAAUGAUUAAAGAUAAAAUAGUUGUUUAAAUUAAUUUUUGUUUUCUCCAUUCUUUUACAAAAUGUAGAGUUUUAGUUGUUACGAAGGUCAGUACCCAAAUAUACAUAAAAUAUUUACGAAAUAUAUGUCAUUUCAUAUCAAUUAUAAUGCAAUAAAAUUCUCAACACAAGAAAGCCUACGAAAUGGGGUUUUAAAAAAAUAUCUU